GAGAUGCAUCUCGAUGGUGCACCUUUGGACGCUGCCUCGGACCGUACUCGUGACUACUUGGCUACGCGGAAGAAGGCCAGGCUUGCCUCUGAAUCCCAGAGCACCGUGCCUGCGCCUAUGCCAAAGGAACCAUCACCUGGAACUUUGGCGGAUACGGAGUCAGAAGUUGUCAUGGUCGAGGAAAGCGUGGAGGUGUCAGACAACCAGCUUGGCUUGGAUUCAAUGUCGGAUGCUCCGACUCUUCGGCUUGGUGAGUUCGAUGAUGAUGACGAGGUGAGGCAGUGCAAUCUCCUCCAGUGGCUGCUCAACCAGCAGUUGAGGCAGUGCCAUCUCCUCCAGCGGCUGCUCAACCAGCAGCUGAGGCAGCGCAAUCUCCUCUAUCCAGUGGCUGCUCAACCAGCAGCUCCGCCUGCAGCGCCUGCUCAACCAGCAGUGCCUGCUCAACCAGAGCCACCUGCAGUGCCUGCUCAACCAGCAGCUCUGCCUGCAGUGCCUGCUCAACCAGCAGCUCCGCCUGCAGUGCCUGCUCAACCAGCAGUGCCUCCCCCCAGCCAGCAGCUCUGCCGCCCGCAGCUGAUGCGGCGCAAGCUCCUCGAGAUCCCUUGCCUUCUCAAGCAGCAGCCCCUCCAGCGCCUGCUCGACCAGCAGGAUCUCCAGCACCAGGAGCUGGUACUGCGCAAGCUCUUCCAGCAGCAGCUCCAAGUCCACCAGCUGCCAUG